AUGUCUGACGCGGAUUUCGAGACCAUUAAGAAGCUCCAGCAGGAGCGAAAUGCUGCCGCGGCGGGAAACAAGGGUUCGCGAACCUUUGACGCCGCCAACCAGCGAGUCGACGAGACGAAGCAGAAGCUGACCGACAGCGCCGACAAUACCCUAUACGAACGUGAUGGACCCGACAAGUUUGCCGGAUACAGCACGUCCCUGCCCAUGGGUGACGAUGAUGACGAGGAGAUGGGCGAUGGCGACAAUACGCGACGAUUAGUCGGCCAGUACACAGCGUCGCGAGAUAUGAUUGAUGAAUUUUCCCGUGGAAAUGGUGUCGAAGAGGAUGACAUUCUUGCUGGAAAGGGAGAGAAGAGCGGCCGAAUCGUCGAUCGCGAGACAGAUUACCAAAAGCGCCGCUUCAAUCGCGCCCUCACUCCCACGCGCGCCGACGCCUUCGCCAAAGAUGGCCAGGGCGCUUCCGAGAACGGCACCAGCUACCGCGAGAUUAUGGAGGCUCGUGAACUCGAGAGGGAAGAACAGCGCGUGCUGCAGGCUAUCAAGGCGAAGCAGGAAGGUCAAACCGAAGAUGACGGUGACGCCAAGCCCAUGCUCAUAGAUGGAGAUAAAGACAGCGCCGAAGCUGAAUCCACCGAAGCCUCAUCUACUACCCGAAAGCGCAAGAAGAGAUGGGACGUUGCGGUACCCGCCGACGAUGCGAAGACUGAGACGGAUGAUGCGGUCAAGCCCAAACGCUCGCGAUGGGAUCAAACGCCUGCUCUCCCUACGCCAGGAGCUGAAGCCUCCAAGAAACGCUCACGAUGGGACCAAGCCCCUUCUGCUACCCCCAUGGGCAAUGCAGGACUGGCUACUCCUGUGCACACAUCAUCCGCCUCUGCUAUGCCAACAACCUUCGGCACCGAUAUUUCUGGCCGGAACAUGGCUCUCAGUGAUGAAGAACUCGACCUUCUUCUGCCUGGCGAGAGCGAUGGCUACAAGAUCCUUGAUCCUCCUCCUGGGUACGAGCCAGUUCGCGCUCCAGCACACAAACUCAUGGCCACUCCUGCUCCCCAAACAGGCUUCAUGAUGCAAGACCCUGAGCAGGUACGCCUCAGUGGGAAGCCCAUGCCCGCGGAAAUCCCUGGAGUCGGUGAUCUUCAAUUCUUCAAGGCCGAGGAUAUGGCCUACUUUGGAAAGCUUACCGACGGUUCCGACGAGAACGCCCUGACUGUCGAAGAGCUCAAGGAGAGGAAGAUUAUGAGGCUGCUGUUAAAGAUCAAGAACGGUACUCCGCCCAUGAGAAAAACUGCUCUUCGACAAAUUACCGACAAUGCCAGACAGUUCGGCGCCGGCCCUCUCUUUGAUCAGAUCCUGCCAUUACUCAUGGAGAAGACAUUGGAGGACCAAGAACGACAUUUGCUUGUCAAGGUCAUUGACAGAAUUCUAUAUAAGCUUGACGACCUUGUGCGCCCCUAUGUUCACAAGAUCCUGGUCGUCAUUGAACCACUGCUCAUUGACCAAGACUACUACGCAAGAGUUGAGGGUCGUGAGAUUAUCUCAAACCUGAGCAAGGCUGCUGGUCUUGCUACCAUGAUCAGCACCAUGCGACCUGAUAUUGAUCAUGUUGAUGAAUACGUCCGAAACACAACCGCACGUGCCUUUGCUGUUGUAGCAUCUGCCCUGGGUAUCCCUGCUUUGUUGCCUUUCCUUAGAGCUGUCUGCCGAAGCAAGAAGUCAUGGCAGGCUCGUCAUACAGGUGUGAAGAUUGUUCAGCAAAUUCCUAUCUUGAUGGGCUGUGCCGUGCUUCCCCACCUGAAGGGCCUCGUUGAAUGCAUUGGUCCCAAUCUGAACGAUGAGCAGACAAAGGUCAGAACAGUUACCAGUUUGGCUAUUGCCGCGCUGGCCGAGGCCUCCAACCCCUACGGUAUCGAGAGUUUCGAUGACAUCCUGAACCCUCUAUGGACUGGUGCUCGCAAGCAGCGUGGCAAGGGUCUAGCAGGCUUCCUCAAGGCUGUCGGAUACAUCAUUCCUCUAAUGGACGAAGAAUACGCCAACUACUAUACCAGCCAGAUCAUGGAGAUCUUGCUACGUGAGUUCUCGUCACCGGAUGAGGAGAUGAAGAAGGUUGUCCUCAAGGUGGUAUCCCAAUGCGCUGGCACGGAUGGUGUGACUGCAGGAUACCUGAAGGAGCACGUCCUGGAUGAAUUCUUCAAAAGUUUCUGGGUACGAAGAAUGGCCCUGGACAAGCGCAACUACCGACAAGUUGUCGAGACUACUGUCGAUAUUGGCCAAAAGGUCGGAGUUAGUGAGAUUGUGGAAAGAAUCGUCAACAACCUCAAGGAUGAGAGCGAAGCAUAUCGAAAGAUGACCGUUGAGACGGUUGAGAAGAUUGUUGCCAGCCUGGGUGCUGCGGAUAUUGGUGAGCGCCUAGAAGAGCGACUUAUCGACGGUAUCCUCCAUGCGUUCCAGGAGCAGAGUGUUGAGGACAUCAUCAUGCUGAACGGCUUUGGUUCUGUUGUCAACGCACUGGGAACCCGCUGCAAGCCUUAUAUCCCCCAGGUUGUCAGUACUAUCCUAUGGCGACUCAACAACAAGUCGGCUACAGUACGACAACAGGCUGCGGAUCUCAUCUCAAGAAUUGCUAUGGUCAUGAAGCAGUGCGGUGAGGAUGCCCUUAUGGGCAAGCUCGGCGUUGUGCUCUACGAGUAUCUCGGUGAAGAGUAUCCUGAAGUUCUCGGAUCUAUCCUUGGUGCUCUACGAUCCAUCGUCACAGUCGUGGGUAUUGCACAGAUGCAGCCACCUAUCAAGGAGCUUCUUCCACGACUCACUCCCAUCCUACGAAACCGUCACGAAAAGGUCCAAGAAAACACUAUUGAUCUAGUUGGCCGUAUCGCUGAUCGCGGACCUGAGAGCGUGAACGCCCGAGAAUGGAUGCGAAUCUGCUUUGAACUGCUCGACAUGCUCAAGGCUCACAAGAAGGGCAUUCGACGAGCUGCCAACAACACGUUUGGUUUUAUUGCAAAGGCCAUUGGUCCUCAGGAUGUGUUGGCAACUCUGCUAAACAACCUCCGCGUGCAGGAGCGUCAGUCUCGUGUCAACACUGCCGUUGCCAUCGGUAUCGUGGCCGAAACUUGUGCUCCCUUCACCGUUCUUCCAGCUCUAAUGAACGAGUACCGAGUGCCCGAGCUCAACGUGCAAAACGGGGUGCUCAAGUCACUCUCGUUCCUCUUUGAGUAUAUUGGCGAGAUGGCAAAGGACUACGUCUACGCGGUCACCCCCUUGUUGGAAGAUGCUCUUAUCGAUCGUGAUCAAGUUCAUCGUCAGACAGCAGCCUCUGUCGUCAAGCACAUUGCUCUAGGCGUUGUUGGCCUGGGAUGUGAGGACGCCAUGGUGCAUCUGCUCAACCUCCUGUACCCUAAUCUAUUCGAGACCAGUCCUCACGUUAUCGACCGUAUUGUGGAAGCCAUUGAGGCCAUUCGUAUGGCGGUCGGACCAGGCUUGGUUCUCAACUACGUCUGGGCAGGUCUGUUCCACCCAGCAAGGAAGGUCAGGACUCCAUACUGGCGAUUGUACAACGAUGCCUACGUUCAGGCGGCAGACGCCAUGGUGCCAUAUUACCCGAACUUGGACGAAGACAAGAUGGACCGACCGGAGUUAGCAAUUGUGCUGUAA